AAACGAGAAGUAAAACAAACCACUCCCGUUAUUAUGGACAGGGUCAGGGAACUCUGGGAAAAGAUGGUAGCUUCCUGUCUGUACCUUUGAUUUACUUUUCACCAAGGACGGAAUCAAAACAGUUGCAUGUAGAUAUCUGCCCUCUCGCCUCAACCUGAUAAUUAAUAUACUUACAUUUGACCAAGAUUUACCAUGGAGAACACCGGGAGCAUCGACAGUCUAGGCUCGAAGCGUUCCUCAUCAAGGCAGCCGAGUGUUGAUUCACUGUCCAGUACCUCCACCUCUCGUUCUGACCGGUCCGCUCACGCUGCCAAGCCCACCUUUGCAAUGUCUUCUGACAAUGUGUCCAUCUCAACAGACUUUUCCCCAGAGCUACGGGGUAGACCUAAAGCGGUUGCCAAGGUGCUCAGGGAUUCAAAAGAAGAACCACAGUUACUACCAAAGGAAAGCGUGCAAGACAUGGCCAAAGAUGUCACCUACAUCUGUCCUUACAUCGGUGCACUGAGGGGGACAUUGACUGUCACCAACUACAGGUUGUUUUUCAAAUGCAUGGACAGGGAACCAGCGUUUGUGCUGGACUUGCCCCUGGGGGUAGUGAGCCGGGUGGAGAAGAUAGGAGGGGCAUCUAGCCGUGGUGAGGUCUCCUACGGGCUUGUCUGCAAGGAUAUCCGUAAUCUGCGGUUUGCACACAAGCAGAUGGAGGAUUCACUCAGGAAGUCCAUUUUCGAAAUCCUGAUGAAAUUUGCCUUUCCUGUUUCUAAUGGUCUGACAAUCUUUGCCUUUGAGUAUGGGCAGGUCUAUCCUGAAAAUGUCUGGAAAGUGUAUGAUGCUCAAGCGGAAUACAAAAGACAGGGCUUACCCAACGAGAGCUGGAGGAUAACUAAAGUGAAUGAUCACUACGAGCUGUGUGACACUUACCCAUCAACCCUGGUGGUGCCUGUUAACAUCCCAGAUGAGGAGUUGAAGAGAGUGGCUGCCUUCAGAGCCAAGGGCAGGAUACCUGUGCUGUCAUGGAUUCACCCAGAGAGCCAGGCCACAGUGAUCCGCUGUAGUCAGCCCAUGGUCGGGGUCAACGGCAAGCGCAGCAAAGAUGAUGAGAAGUACCUCCAAACCAUCAUGGAUGCCAACGCUCAGUCCCACAAGCUCUUCAUCUUCGAUGCCAGGCCUAGCGUCAAUGCUGCUGCCAACAAGAUGAAAGGGGGUGGUUAUGAGAGUGAGGAUGCCUAUCAGAAUGCAGAAUUGGUGUUCUUGGACAUCCACAACAUCCACGUGAUGAGGGAGUCACUGCGCAAGCUGAAGGAGGUAGUCUAUCCCAACAUCGAGGAGUCCCAUUGGUUCUCCAACCUCGAGUCCACUCAUUGGCUGGAACACAUCAAGCUGAUCCUGGCUGGGGCGCUGCGUAUUGCAGACAAGGUGGAGUCAGGGAAGACGUCAGUGGUGGUUCACUGCAGUGAUGGGUGGGACCGUACUGCCCAGCUCACCUCCCUGGCCAUGGUGAUGCUGGACGGACACUACCGCACCAUCCGCGGCUUCCAGGUGCUGCUGGAGAAAGAGUGGCUGAGCUUCGGCCACCGCUUCCAGCUGAGGAUCGGUCAUGGGGAUAAGAACCACACAGACGCAGACCGCUCGCCUGUCUUCCUGCAGUUCAUAGACUGCGUGUGGCAGAUGACCCGCCAGUUUCCUGCAGCCUUUGAGUUCAACGAAUACUUCCUGAUCACCAUCCUGGACCACCUGUACAGCUGCCUGUUUGGGACGUUCAUGUGUAAUAGUGAACAGCAGAGGGUGAAGGAGGAGCUGCCCAAGAAGACAGUUUCCCUGUGGGCCUACAUCAACAGCCAGCCAGAGGAGUUCACCAACCCUCUGUAUGUCAACUAUUCCAACCAUGUGCUGUUCCCAGUGGUCAGCAUGCGCCACCUGGAGCUCUGGGUGGGAUACUACAUCCGCUGGAACCCUCGCAUGAGGCCACAGGAGCCUGUUCACCAGCGCUACAAGGAGCUGCUGGCAAAGCGGGCGGAGCUUCAGAAGAGGGUGGAGGAGCUGCAGCGAGAGGUGACCAAUCGCUCUGCCUCCUCAUCCUCUGAGAGGGCGGGCUCUCCCACCCGCUCCAUCACUCCAGUUCAGACCUUUGUCUGACAAGCAGACAGACAAAACCCAGGGGGAUGGUGUCCGGAAGCUUAUAGUGGACGGCUGAGGACAGAGGCCCAACUCCUAUAGGAAGCAAAACAACCAACAAGUGUCUGUAGAAACCGCAUAUUGGCCUUUGGCUGCUCCACCUCAACAGCUGAGGUCAUAUAGAGUCAGAACUGUAGAAUGAGAAUAAGAACAUUUAAUUUAUAUCUCUAUGGUCAGAACCUUCUGCUGCACCAAACAGAGCUGCCUUUGUUUCCAACCACCUUGCUACAGCCAUACUACACUCUACUGACCUCUGCUGCCAGGGUCAAGAGUACUGUAACAUAUUAUCAUCAAAUGAGUAUGAAAUAUAUUAGCUUACUGUAUGUAGGUAUUACAUUUAUUCUAAGUGAUAAGUACACUAAUUGAUUAAUAGGAUAAAACAAGCAACACACUAAAAGUAAUAGCUCAAUUAAUUCCUCCGUUGUUAAAGCAGGGUGCAGAUUUAUUCCAGAAAGGCAGGCUAUUUAAACAAAUGUAUGUUUAUUUCUACUUGACAUAAUCCAAAUAGGGUUUGAGGUCAGAAUUGUCUCGGAGUUGAGAAAAUAGUUACUGAAUGGACACAUUUUGACCAAAUAGGUGUGAAUGAAUCAAUGUGGGCAUGGGUGGGUGUAUUGUUAGUUAUGUAUGACAUUCCAUCUGAUCAGUAUGUUGUGUUUUUAAGCUGUCAAGUUCCUUUUAUUAGCAAGUUAACUGCAUAUUAUUUUCUGUCUUGUAGGUUGUGUGUAUAGUUUACAGUUUACCAUAUACUUAUAGGCUUACACCGAGUUCUGUCUCAUUCCUAAUUGAUUAGGUUAUAGCUUGAGGGCUUUUUGACUGCAAAGACCAGUUAAUCAUCUAAUACAUUGAAUUGUUGCAAUGAGUGGUCAUCUUGACUUAGUUAAAUAUUGUUAACCAUAAGCAUGAAGACUGAUCUGUGUACUGUAUACCAUCCCUCACUCCUACAGCAAAGAUGAGGGAGUAGUGGUGGAAAUCUUUAUGAUAUGGACUAGUCUAGACAAGUCUAGCUAGAGUUAUGCUGUGCAUCAUAUAUAGGGAGGAGGGAUAGUGUUAGAGGGUAGCUAUAUGAAUGUAUGUUAGAAUUUUGGCCCUGUUAUCUGCUUAUGUGUAUAUUGUGGUGAUUUCUGCGAUAACAUCACUUUGCAGACUGCUCACUCAGAAAAUGGAUAAUCAGGAUUGACAAUGUGCAUUUAAUGGUUUAGUUAGGGUUUUAAAAUGAAAGCUGUAACUAAGUGCUUCUUGAAAGGUCAUACUCACAGGUUCUUAAUAAAUGCUGCAUAUUGGA